GGGAAAAAGUCUUUCUGCAGCUCUGGUGUGACGGAGCCUUGCGCAUUUUUCUCUCAUUUUCUUCUUCGAGCGACUUUAGUCACUUUCCGGAGCUUUUUGUUCGUGUUUGAUGUCCCUGGAAACCCGCGGCUGCCGCGAAAGCCGUGUCCUCAGGGAUGGCAGCGUGUAGUGCAUCGGCGUGGUCAGCGGCUCCUUGCUGCCUUCCGUUUAUCCUCUGGGGGGAAAGAAAAACUAAAGAAGGGUUACAAUUCAGGUGUGAGUUCUUUAAUGGUUUGGGUUAACUCUGUGACUUCCCAUGAACUUCCGAAAGUGCUUCCAAGUAUUUACAAGUUAUUCUCCUCAAGAUAGUUAUCGUGUCCUGGGAGGAUGAAUCACUCAAGAUGCCUCUUUGCCUGCUCUGUAGGUUGUGCUGCUGACCAUGCCUGGAGCCCAAGCGAACUGUGGGCAGAAUGAGUAUCCCCACGGAGGUCUCUGCUGUGUGUUGUGUGAAGCAGGUACUUUUGUUGCUGAUCACUGCAGUGUUUCUCACUGGAGAGGAAAAUGUGGCUCUUGCAAGGAAGGAAAAAGCUUUACUGCCCAUGCAAAUGGCUUGGAGGGAUGUGUGCCUUGCAGACAGUGCAAUGAAGAUCAGAUAACCCUGAGACCCUGUACUGUGACACAGGAUGCUGAAUGCCAGUGCAAACACGGGUACUCCUGUGCUGAUGAGGGCUGUGAGAUAUGUGAGAGAAUCAGUCAAAUGUAAGUUUGAGACUAAGUCAUUAUUGUCCUUUGAGGGAACAUUAGACCUGUGGCCCAAUCUGUGCCAAUAGCUAACACAUCUUCAGGCUGUAAAUAACUGCCCUGAACCCAAAAGGCAUUAUUCAUGCAUUUAAGUGUUAGGUAUC